CAGAUGGAGCAUCAGGUGGACAAACUUGGGACCACCAGGCGAGAGGAACAGUGACGCCACCACUUUGGGAAUUGUGCUGCCCUGCUCAUCCUGAAAGCACAGAUCAAGUUCAAAUGCUUUAGACCUGAUUAACAACCAUACUUACAGACAGUAUACAUCUGCUACAACAAGUAUGUCAAAUCCUGUACAUCUGAAAUGAAUGCCAAAUCCCUACCAUCAGAUCUCGCAGCCAAGCACAGGUCACCUUACGGAAUUCAGCAUCUGCUUUGUGGUCCAACACCGGCCAGCAAUGCCUGCAUACAAGACCCAGCAUAUUAUAUGAUUGCAGAACAUUACAAAAUUGUGAAGAAAAACAAGCUGGGAAUGGGACCAUCACCUGUAUGUAUCGUGGAAGCGGGUGGGGUUGAGUUUCUCUAACAGGAAAUGGGUAACUAUGUAGAACGCAUCCUUGUUUGGUUUGUCAAACAUAUUUCUGUUGGUGAGACAGAAACUGGUGUCAAAACAGGCUUUUGACUGACCUGGGAGAAUAGAGUCCGUCUGCCUCUGUCUAUUAGUUUAUUUUAAAUGUCAUGCCAUUGCCAGUUUCGCACUGGAUUGAAACAGAGUUGCACUACUGAUGUUGUACUGUUAACGUUAGCUGUUACCACGACAAUCAACACGUACGGGCCAAGAAUGAUGUGUUUGACAUUGGCUUUGCUGGCCCCUGAUGAUACUUCGACUUCAGGUUGAAAUCCAAGACCCAAAAGCGACCACCACAGAUAUUUGCCAUUCGUUCUCUGAAUGUUCGACAUAUUUCCAGCGAGCUGCAAACGUUUAGAUCUAAAAACUAGCUGCUAUUUAGCAGAAGACUGAAAACGUUACAGAUACGAGGAAAGCUAACACGUUAGCUAGUUGGGCAGAAACAGAACGCAAACAUGGCUAGUUAGUAAUGCGCCUUACCGUCGUCGAAAUUAAACAAAGGAUACAAAUAUAGUUAACGACAUAAAAAAUAAAUGAACACCAUAAAUAUGUAGUUACUCGACAUUACGCAGGCCAAUUUUUACGAAUGUCUUCCUCAAACCGCCAAAUAUUUUAAGAAAGAAAAUAAUUAGAUCAGCCGGAUGUUGGUGUGCAUACUUCCUGUGUCGCGCAUAAUUAUGUCCCCCUUCCGAUCUCGGAUCGAUCUCUCGCUGCUAGUCGGUUAUCAACAAUUAUAUUUGAAUUGUGAUGUCUUAUAUUGAAAUCACGACUGGUAAAAAUGUAAUUAUUGAAUUCCAAUUAGACUAGUUCAACUGCUGGACUGGGAGAUACAUUUUACGUCUACCUAGAUUUUUUCAUUUCUGCCGGGGUGUGUCUUUGUCUUUCCAGUUAUUGGUCUUUGUGAGUGAUAGCUAAAAUGGCUGAGCAGGGAGUUCUCCUGGACCAGGACCAGUUCUGCUGCUCUAUCUGUCUGGAUUUACUGAAGGAGCCGGUCACUAUCAACUGUGGACACAGUUACUGUAGCAAUUGUAUUGAGGACUGCUGGGAUAAGGAUGAUCCAAAGGGCGCCUACAACUGUCCCCAGUGCAGACAGACUUUCUCGCCUAGGCCGGCUCUGAUGAAGAAUAGCUUGCUAGCCAUGGUGGUUGGGAACAUGAGGAAGAUAGGACUCCAGCCUACUCCUCCUGCUAUGUGCUUUGCUGGACCUGGAGAUGUGGAAUGUGAUUUCUGCAAUGGAAGAAAGCAGAAAGCUCUCAAGUCAUGUCUUGUGUGUCUAGCCUCUUACUGUGAGACUCAUCUCCAGCCUCAUUAUAAUAUAGCUCCAUUGAUGAAGCACAAGCUGAUCAAAGCCACCACACAAUUGCAGGACAAUAUCUGCUCUCAUCAUGACAAACUGCUGGAGAUUUUCUGCCGGACCGACCAGCAGUGUAUCUGUUAUCUGUGUACCAUGGAUGAACAUAAAGGCCAUGAUACAGUCUCAAUCACAGCUGAAAAGAUGGAGAAACAGAAGCAGAUCGGGUUGAGUCAGCAGAGGGUCAAGCAGAGAGUCCAGGAGAGGGAGAAGGAGUUGAAGGAAGUGCAAAAGGCUGUGGAGGCUCUCAGUCGCUCUGCACAGGCGGCAGUGGAGGAAAGUGAGAGGAUCUUCACAGAAUUGAUUGACUCCGUUGAGCGAAGGCGCUCUGAGAUGAAGGAGCUGAUCGUAGCCCAGGAGUAUACAGCUGUGAGUCAAGCUGAAGGCCUCAUGGAGCGUUUGGAGCAGGAGAUCGCUGAGCUGAAGAUGAGAGGGGUUGAGCUGGAGAAGCUCGCACACACAGAGGAUCACAUCCAUUUCCUGGAGAGUUAUCAGUCUCUCGCCAGUCCCAGUGUAUUUUCAGAUUUGCCCACCAUCGCUGUCUGUCCUCUUCCGCACUUUGAGGAUGUGAGUGAGGCUGUGUCUAACCUGAGAGAGAAACUAGAGGGCGUCUUGAAGAGGGAAUGGUGCAGAAUUUCCACCAGAGUGAAUCUAGUAGAUGUUCUACACCCUCCCGAACCCAAGACCAGAGCCGACUUCUUACAAUAUUCCUGUCGGCUCACCCUGGACCCACACACAUUAUACAGACAACUCUUUCUGUCUGAGCUAAACAGAAAGGUGAAACUGAAGCGCAAAGGCUACUCCUACCCCAGCCGUCCAGACAGAUUCACUCAGUUGUGUCAGGUGCUGUGCAGGGAAGGUCUGUCUGGGCGCUGUUACUGGGAGGUGGAGUGGAGUGGGUGGAAGAUUUAUGCAGGCGUCUCGUAUAAAGACAUCAGCCGAUCAGGGCCUGCGGACGACUGUCAAUUCGGACACAAUGACAAGUCCUGGAGUUUAGAGUGCUGUAGUAAUGGUUACUUUUUCCGACAUAAUAAUGUCAAGACUGAAGUGGCACGCCCUCAGUCCUCCAGAGUAGGAGUGUAUCUUGAUCACCAGGCGGGCACUCUGUCCUUCUACAGUGUUUCGGACAAAAUGACCCUCUUGCACAGAGUCCAGACUAAAUUCACUCAGCCCCUCUAUCCUGGGUUUUGGCUUCAUUGUUUUAAGACCACUGCUGAGCUAUGUGAGCUAGAGUAGAGGCCCCUGUCAGAGUGAUGCUUUACCAUCCCCUACUACUCUGAAUUGUUUAUCAGAGAUAAACAUUUCCUUCUAUGAAUCUGAGGAUUGACUUUCACACAUUGAACUCUCUAGUCUAGAUAGAAUUUGAGGUUAUUUUCCCCAAAAUGUUAGGCAUAAAGUUCAUCUAAUGUAAUGUUCUCGCUAAGGAAUAAAGUUAAUCUAAUGUUCUCGCUAGCCAGACAAUCCAUAUCUCUGGUGAGAUUUUACUUCUGAAGGCAGCAUGUAGUAGGGCAGGAAGUACGUUGUUUUCAGAAUGAUCUCUCAACUUGUCCUGGCUGUGUGUUACAUAUUCUAUGUCAGAGAUGUUGGCAAUUUUUAUGUAGGCUACUGUUUACACAUUAUUUUUAUUCUCCUGCAUAUCGUAUUUCUUUUUGUCCUAGAACUCUCAAAUACAUCAUGUUACAGGUCCCCUGCAGGUCCAUAUUGUAUCAAUUAUCUUUCAAUCAACUGAGCCAAUAUAUACAGUGUUCACUCAAUAUUGACAAUGCUGAACCAAAUGCAAACUGAUAAAUAAACAGCUAAUUUGUUGA